AUGCUGGGUUGGAAAAAAUCUUUAGUGUACCUUCCGUCUGGCAGUGAAAAUGACUGGACGACAGCAAUUCACAUUGCAGCCAGUGAAGGUUACGUAUACAUGAUAAAUAAGCUAUUAAAUCAGUGCCCUGAUUGUUGGGAUAUGCUUAACAGCAACGAUCAAAAUGCUCUUCAUGUUGCCGUAUUUGACAAUCAAGACAAUAUAGUCCACUUCUUAUUAAACUCUGAUAAGUGCAACUGCCUAGUUGAUGAUAGCGACGGCAACACUCCUCUCCAUUUGCUUGCUGCCUCUGGUAACCGUUUGCCUGAAUUAAUAAACUAUCCUAGAGCAAAGAAGAUGUCAUUUAACAAAGAAAACCAGACUCCACUUAAUAUAGCAUUGUCAUGCACAAUGACAACAAAGAAGCGGAAGUUAGAGUACAUGUCCAAUACAAAUGCCGAAACGGGAACAGGAGUCAAAAUGCAACUGAGGGAAGAUGAUCAAGAUAAAGCUAAAAAGAAAGAUCAAGCAGAAAUUGAAAGUAUUAUGAAGAUAGCUCAAAUCCAUAUUGUUGUGGCCACUUUGAUAAUGACAGUCACUUUCACCGCUAGAAUCGCAUUGCCAGGAGGUUUUGAGAGCAACCCCGAUAUCUCUAAUCAAGGGAUGGCGAUUCUAACAAGGAAAACAGCAUUUCGUGCAUUUGUUGUUUCCGAUGCCAUUUCCUUCACAUGCUCAGCUAUUUCCAUAUUCAUCUACUUCCUCAUGGAAAAUUUUUAA